UCCCUUGGGUGCGGCUUUACAGCUCGACUGACAAGGACCGAGUGAAGCCGAAAGCAGACGAGAGGAGCCGAAGUGCCAAACUGCUGUAGCGGCAUCUGAAGGAGCACCCAGGCAGCGAGCGAGCCGUAUAACGGGAUCAAGCAACGCAACUCGGCACCGCAGCACCCAGGCGGAGUGUAAAAUGAAGGCUGCGGGGACGAAAGGAUGGAAAUCGGAUCGUCGGUUCGUGACUCCACAUUAAGGAAAGGCCCACAUUCAAGAAACAUUUCCUGGAGAGUCGCCGGCCGACCGCGGCUAAGCAUCCACACCCCCGGGCACCGGGCAGAAGCGCGCUGACGUGACAGCGGCCUUGAGUGCCAGCUGCCCAGAUAGCAAAUACCGUUGUUUUUUUUUUUUGUGGAUUAAAAAGCUAAAAAAAACUUGAUUUUUUGUAUUGUGCAAGAUGUUCACUGGCAUGGUGAAGUUGGACGGGCCGAUAAUUUCCUCAUCCGGCUCUCGAAGCCCGCAGACGCAAGCUGGAAGCCCGAUGCUGUACUCCAUGGGUGGGAGCUCCCGCAGGAAGAAACUUCAUAGAAGGCCUGGUUAUAUGAGAGGGGCCCCCAAACAAUGCCUGGAGUUCAGCAUGGAGGAAAACAGCAAAAGACCUUGUCUAGGACCAGUUAUCAGCAGAACUGCUUACUCAGAUAUGCAAAAUGUUGCACUUGAUGAUAGAUCAGUACGCAGUAUGCGACAGGGUGAGAUGGAGUCACCUGCAAGUAAUGUACUAGUAAGACCUAGGACAGUAAAUUCAGAUCUGAUAACAAGGACCCAAGCAGAGUUUUUUAACCGGUCACCAGAGAGUAGCUGCGUCCAGUCCGAACUCAACAAUUCCAUGUUGGAAACAAUGCAAAUGGCCAGCUUGCAAAGCAGACGUGGUACAGUUCUGUUUCCCAAAGACAAUGAGGCUGCAAUUCCAACACGGAGUGAAGACCUGGAUCGGUCAUUAACAAAAAGGCGUCCAAGUGAUUUGGAACAAGAAAACAGUCAACCCAGUGAUGACACCUUCAACUCCAGCUUCAGUUUCAUUCAGCUCUCCUUGGCUUCUGAUUACCAGGAGGAUUUUGGCGGCUGCAGUUUACAGUCAAGCAAAUCAGCCGAGCCUGUGCUGGCACAGGAUCCUCAACUCUUAUUUGCAGAUGCUGGGCUCGACUAUACUCUCCCCAAAGAUGGUGCAGACAGCUUACCUGACCAGGACCUGUGGAAAGACCCGGAAUUUUGGCAGUUUAGCCAGAGCGAUGAAGUCCAGUCAGUGGUUGACACCGGACUUAAGGAGGGCUUGCAGGACUUGGACAUGUUACCCUUCGACACAGAGGUUGCUUUCUCUUUCUCUUUAGAUUUGUCAGAUGCAGCAUCUGCAGGGUCUUCAGUUACCUCGGGCUAUGAGAGCAGCACCACCACUACUGAGAGCAGCUGUGAUGUGCUUCUGAAGCAGUAUGAUGGCAUCUUGAACGACUGCCUGCAGAGCAGAAGGGCCAGCGUGAAGAUUGAAUCCUUAAUACUAAAGUUAUUACGACUGCAAGAAAAAGCCAUUCGAGAGGACGACUAUGACAGAGCUGACAAAUUCCGCCAGAAGUUAGUGGAGCUGAGGAAGGAAAAAAGCUUGUUGAAGCUGGGCUUGCCAUCCAUGCAUCCCUGUGUGUCGAGGCUAAUCGAGCGGCUGAAGGAUCAGCUCCAGUCAUCUUUACAGCAAACCCCUGGAAGCUGUGGGGCAAACAAGGAAGAAAUGCGAGCAAAGCAAAAAUCAGAAAAGGAGAAAGUCCAGUUCUGUUUAUUCCGAAGAGACCAACUUCUUCAAGAAAAGCAGCAUCUGCAGAAUGAAAUUCACGAGUUAAGGCGAACAUUGGCAGAGCUCAUGAAGAAAGACUGCCAGCUUACAAUUGAAAUUGAAGAAGAAGACCGGCUGAUUCAGACGCAGGACAGUAAGCUGCCUUCCAUCCUGACCACUUCUCUGGGGGAGCUAAGUGACCUGAAUAAAGUGCUGGAUGAGAUGGUAGCGUCUGCACAUCGAGUUCAGUCCUGCACAGAUCCUCCUGAACACAUAAAGAGCCUUCAAGAAAAGGAACAGUUCCUGAGUGCAUCCGUGAAGGAGGCUACAGCCAAAGUUUUCAUGAGCCAGAAACUGUGCAGCAGUCUGAGGAAGAAAGUCAGUGACAUUGAAACUCAACUGGCAACCUUUGAAGAAGCCAAAAUAACAGCAGUUACAGGAAACGAUUUUUCAACUGCUAAAGACCUUAAACAGGAGAUGGUGUUGCUUGGCUCGGAGAAGGACCGCCUGGAAGAACUACUGCUGAAAGCGCAAACGUUGAGCAGAGCCAACACGGAGGCACUGGAUUUGGUCAAAGGAGACUAUGCCAAGGUCAGGCUGGAGCUCGAGCGUAACGAGGCAUACUUUGAGAAAAACCUGAGAGAAAAUGCAGCCAAGUACAUGGACCUGUUGGAAGACAAGCUGCACAGCUGUGGAAGUCCACUGCUGACCAGAGUGUGGGAAGCUGACUUGGAGGCCUGUCGUCUGUUGCUUCGUGGGCUGCAGCUGAAAGAAACGGGCUUCUGCAUCUCAGAGGGAGACGAGAGCCGAACAGACGAGACAGAACACUUGGAUGACCUCUGCUCAGAGAUGGACACCAAAAAAGAGAGCCAGUUCCACCCGCCAGGAUCAUGGGGUGAUAUUCCACAUGUCAUUGCAAAAGGAAACUCCCAGGAUCAAUUGAUUGAGAAUCUGGAGGAAUGUUUGUUUAAUAAAGAAGCUCAUCAAUCUGAGGUCUGCUGGACUGGCACAGCAAACAUAAUGCAGCAAUGUGAAUCAAUCAGUGAGAAAUUGCUGUCUCUCGAGGACCAACUGCAAGUGGCAAUUCUGCAGCGUGAUAAAGGCCUUACUCAUAUCCUUUCCCUUUUUAACACUAAGCCGUCAGCAGCUUUCCAUUGCUUUAUUGUUAUCAAACCCUACAGGAUGUCACAGGAACAACCAAAUUGCUCAAGGUGCCCCUGCCACGGUGUUGUCAGCUACUAACUGAACAACAAAGGCUGGUAGCAUGCAGUAGUGUAGUUGACUUAAAACUGGAAGGUUCCAGAAUGAAAUUCCACUUGCGGCUGACUGACUCUUAACCUGGGCUAGUCACUGAACCCCCUUGUCCAAACAUUGUAAGGAUGUGCCACAUGUCUCUUGGAAAAAGUGUUAAUCUUGAAGGUACUAUCCAUCAGGUAUAAACGUUCAGUUGUAGGUGGUACACUCUUGCAUAAACAGAGCCGGUCAAUCCAUUAGGUGACAUAGGGUGCCAUCAUCUGAGGGGUACCAUUUAUGAAAGUUAAGUGGUGUUCUCUCCUGACCCUAGGGGCUCGAACUCUGAUGAUACUGUUAAAAGAAGAGCAAUGUUUCUGAAAGUUAACAGUGCACAUGCUUCGUACUCCAAGGGGUGCACACUGUAAAGUCCACGUUAUAUAUACAUUACUGAAGGGGUGCACGCCCCGGACACUAAGUGGAGCCCCCUGCACAGGUCAUUGAUGUCUAAUAAUACAGAUUACCCGCUAUGAACAACAAGGGGCGACAUCCAUCCACCCCGCCUAGAGCUCCAAAUGGGGCAACCUGCACUGUGCAUAAAGAUGAAUCCAUCAGGACAAAAUGAAAUGCCUCCGUGUAGGAUUUAGAGAAAAGUCUGCAUCUUCAGACCAGCCAGCUUGCAAAUUAAACUUCAUAGAAAACAUCAUUUCUGUAAAAGCAGAACAAGACAAGCUUUCAAAGCCAUCCAUAAUGCUUUUUAUUAUCUUGCCAUGUUAUUCUAAACCUUCAAUUAUCUUCUGUGCUUUUGCCAUGCAGAUAAAAGGCAAUUUUAUCGCUUCAGGUACUGUAAUGUUUCAGAAAAUAAUAAUCAAAGAUGAGAUCAGGAAAACCUGCAAUAUUGAGCUGUAGUUAUAACAAUGGGCUGUUUGCUCAAUUGGAGUAGUUUGAAUGUUAUAUUCUGUAUCUCCUUUAACACA